AUGGCCAAGUCCCUGCUGCUGUGGCUGCUGCUGCUGCCCACACUCUGGGGCCCGGGUGCUGAAGCUGCAGGGACCACCUCCUCCCUGGCCUGUGCCCAGGGCCCCGAGUUUUGGUGCCAAAGCCUGGAGCAAGCAUUGCAGUGCAGAGCACUGGGGCACUGCCUGCAGGAGGUCUGGGGACAUGCGGAGCCCGAUAACCUGUGCCAGGAAUGCAGUAACAUCGUCCUCAUCCUCACCAACAUGACCAAGGAGGCCGUUUUCCAGGACGCCAUGCGGAAGGUCCUGGAGCGGGAGUGCGACGUGCUGCCCCUGAAGCUGCUGGUGCCCAAGUGCCGCCAAGUGCUCGACACCUACUUCCCGCUGCUCAUCGACUACUUCCAGAGCCAGAUCAACCCCAGGGCCAUCUGCAGGCACCUGGGCUUGUGCAGAGCUGGGCGUCCGGAGCCGGGGCGGGAGCCGGAGCUGGGGGACCCCCUGCUGGCCGCGCUGCCCCGGGCGCUCCGGGCUCCGCCUCAGACACAGGACCUCGCUGAGCAGACAUUACCCUUCCCGCUGCCCAUCUGCUGGCUCUGCAGGACUUUGAUCAAGCGGGUGCAAGCAACGGUUCCCAAGGGUGUACUGGCCCCGGCCGUGGCUCAGGUGUGCCACGUGGUACCCCUGGUGGCGGGCGGCAUCUGCCAGUGCCUGGCCGAGCGCUACACGGUCAUCCUGCUGGACGUGCUGCUGAGCCGCCUGCUGCCCCAGGUGGUCUGCGGCCUCGCCCUCCGCUGCACCAGCUCCGAGGACGGCGCUGGCCCAGGUCUCACACCCCUGGGGCUCCUGCCCGGAGAAUGGCUCCAGCAAGACUCCAAGUGCCGCUUCUGCGAGUUCCUGGCCGCCCGGGCGGGGAACAGCAGUGAGCAGGCCGUGCCGCAGGCGAUGCGCCAGGCCUGCCUCCGCUUCUGGACGACGGACAGGCAAAAGUGUGAGCAGUUUGUGGAACAGCACUCGCUGCAGCUGCAGAGCCUGAUGUCCCGGGGCUGGGAUGCCCGCACCGCCUGCCAGGCCCUGGGGGUGUGUGCGGCCAAGCUCAGUCCCCUCCAGUGUGUCCCGGGACCCCUCUUCUGA